AUGCGCCAGCUUGUGGAGAGGGUUCAAUUCCUUGACGGCGACUUGCAGUGCUGUGCAGAAAUCCUCGCAGGUGCGCUUGGACUGUUGGCCGCUGGUGGAGCCGGCGAGGCUGUGGACGUCCCUGAGCGCGAAGCCGUACCGGAAGAGUGUGGGCGUGGUGGAGUCGCAGUCCGCGAUGGAGGGGCAGUCGGCAGUGUGAUUGGAGCUCGGGGCCAGUGGCCGUCGCUUGGCUUGGCAUUGGUUGUCGCAGCUCCUGGCGUGGCAGGUGGACGUGGCGUCGGCGCAGUUGCGCUCGCAGUCUCGCAGCAGCUCUUGAAGGAAGUCGUAGAAAGUCUCCGUGAGGUACACCACCCAGGAGAGGUAGAGGUGGGCGUGUGCCUUGGAGAAGGUGGCACGGACGUCGUGGCCGAGGGGCUUGAGUGUCACGCCCCGCUGCCGGAAGCACGCGUCGCCGACGGCGUCCUCGAAGGCCGCCUUACGGUGCUCGCCGCUACUGCGCCACUCACAUAUGAAGUUGUAGUAGAAGGCGAACAGGUCGUCUGGCGUCCGGGGCGGGCGGCCGGAGCACUUGACACAGGUGCCGUCUGCCGACAGCUGGUGAGGCAGGAAGCCCACCAGGCCGUCCUCGAGGAACGACUGGAGCGGCGACUUGACGCCGCACUUCGGAUGCUGAUCACAGCGUUGGUUACAUAUUUGGUUGUGUGUUUGGUUGCACUGUUGGUCACACAUUUGGUUGGCACACUGCAUGGUGUUGCACUUCCAACUGGAGCCACCGACGUCCCGGCCGUACCAGCAGUCGAGCCAUCCGCCGUGCCGGGCGUUGUAGAGGCACCGGCGGUAGAGGAAAUAGAGCUGGUGGUGGAGGCGUCUGAGGACGUCGAACAGCAGGCAGAGCAAAGCGUCGGCGUCGCCGGGGUAGAGCAGGCCUCCCGGAUCCCUCCAGCUGCCGUCUUUGCCGCACUGCUCCCACAGCCUGCGCAGGGCGUCGCACAGUGUCGGCAGCAUGGUGAGGAAGACCUUGGCGCACAUGGCGCCGUAUGGCGUCAGCUUUGUAACGUUUCUGACUGUGACGGACUUUGUGCCUUGGGAUCUUACGGUCUCGGUGAGGGUUUCAUGUUUGAGCAAGUCAGCGGUGAACUGUGCGCCGGCGUAGGUGGAGACAUACGCACAUGUGAACUCGGCGGCGAACUUUGUGAGCCCCUCCACCAGGCCGUCCAGCACGGGACUCGAGGGCCUGGCGAAGCUCUCCGGCUUGAGGUGACUCAGCGCGUCGGUGAGGCUGCGGAGCAGGGCUUGGAGUCGGUGGUCGAAGGUAUCCUCAGUUCUAAUGUAUUCAAGUAA